CUUCCCACAAUGCACUCGCCGAGCCGUCAGCGGGAAACCAAAAUGGCGAACAUGCUCGGGGUAAAUGAACCGUUUGUUAUUUUCUGAGAACGGCGCAGAGUCGACACGUUUUAGCCACUCUCGUUUGUUGUAAAAACCCCUCAGGCGACCCGAGAAGCACGAGAGCCACACGCGAACACCGACUUUGUUUACUCUCGUGAGCUGUAGAAGCGGAGGUGCCCGAAUGAGAGACUCGGGUGUUCUGAGUCAACUGUCCGUCCAUCAGCGAUCCCACUCCUCACGGCAGCAGGCUGUUCCCUUGUCCCCCACGAGCCAAGAGAGAGUGGCCUAUGGAGAACAGGGCAGGUUCACCGAGGGACAGGACGUCUUGGCCCGGUGGUCGGAUGGCUUGAUCUACUUGGGGACCAUCGCUAAGAUCGAUCGCGACAAGCAGCGAUGCUUUGUGGUGUUUGAGGAUCGAUCCAAAUCUUGGGUUCUCUGGAAAGAUAUUCAGACAGGGGACGAAGAUGAGGAAGAUGACGAGUGUGACGAUAUCGCGUGCUCCAUAUGUCAGGAUGAAACUUCAGAGGAACCCAAUGAGAUUGUCAUUUGUGACAAGUGUGGGCAAGGCUACCACCAGCUGUGCCACUCGCCCAUCAUUGAUGCUGCUGUUAUUGACUCAGACGACAAAUGGCUUUGCUCUGAAUGUCAGAUCACUUCUUUGCCAAAGGAGGAGACACAACCCAUGGAGCUGUCCUUCCCAUACGCCCCUGAAGAACUGGUGUGGGAUGAAGACCACCGAACCAACAUGCAACAGUGCUACUGCUACUGUGGAGUGCCAGGAAACUGGUACCUGAAGAUGCUGCAGUGCAAUAGUUGUGAGCAGUGGUUCCAUGAAGCCUGCCUCCAUUGCUUACCCAUGCCAAUGCUCUAUGGAGACAGAUUUUAUCUUUUCGUCUGCUCUGUUUGCAACGGCGGACCAGAGUAUCUGAGCCGACUGCCUCUUGGAUGGGAGGAUGUGACACACCUGAGCCUCUACAACCUGACAAUGAUCCACAAGAAGAAGUACUUUGAUUCUGAGAUGGACCUGAUGACUUACAUCAACAACAACUGGGACCUGCUGCAGCUUGGGGAGCUUGCCGGUACACCAAGAUCAAUGCGAUUUGCGUGUGUUCUUGAGGCCUUAAACAGCAACACAACCAAGUUCAUGUCAGGAAAAGAGGUCAAGAAGAAGAAGCACUUGUUUGGGCUGAGGGUUCGAUUCCCUCCCACUCCUCCCAGUGGAGAGCAUCCAACCAGAAGAUUGAUGGAGCACCCCUCGGAUGGGAUCACUGUCAACUCAAACAAAACGUCAUCCAGCAUGAGUACCUACAGGACACAGAAGAAGUCCAAAAAGACGAAGCAAGCAACACGUUCACUGGAGCGCCAGGCGAAACGCAGAUGUUCCAGUGAACUCCUGUCCCAGGAACUAAGAAAGCCCACACCACUAGAAUCCCACUCACUGGAUCGCUUUUCUUCUCUCAAAUCCAGGAGUGACCGCUCUUUACUGUCAUCUCAAACCUCAGAUGUGGAGUCUAUCGGUGCCCUUAGCACCACAGAAACUACCUCAACUAGCCUCUCAAGGCCAUCCAGCCUGUGCAGCUCCAGCAAGACCCAAUCGACUACUUCCACCAUGCCUCUUUCCUCUCCACCUUUAAAAAGAAAACGCGGGCGGCCUCGGCGGCCCUUGCCGCCCCCUGACCCUGAAAUCUUCCCCCCAAGCCCAGCAGACCCGAACCCUUCCGGCGCCGAUGUUGUGACUCCGCUUCCGGGACUGCACUCUGCAGACAUAGUUCACGGCAUGGACCCCAACAGCCAGCUGUCUCACCUCAAGAGCUCAAUCAGCACCUAUUUCGGAGCGGCGGGAAGGCUGGCUUGCGGGGAGAAAUACAAAGUCCUUGCCCGAAGGGUUACCUUGGACGGCAAGGUGCAGUACCUUAUUCAGUGGGAAGGCGUCACUGCCUCCUAGGCUGGACGUGGUGUGUGGAGGACCAAGAGUGCACAAAUUAAAUCAUCAAAUACGUGCUAUGAAAUAUUUAUUUCAGUAUUUGUUUUUGGUACCAGUAUUUCAAAUCUUAUUUUGGCAAUACGCAUUUAUUCCAAUAUCUAAUUAAGUCACUAUUUCUCAUUUUGAAAUAUUGAAGUGAUAACUAUUAUAAAAUACAUAUUCAAA